GAAUUUAGAAAAAAGUGUACAUAGUUAUAGAAAAAAGAUUACGUCGAGAACGAGAAGAAUUCAGAACGAAAGAGAAUGGACCAAUUAAAAAAAUUUGGCUUUAUGAUAAAAGAAGCCGUUGGCCUUCUGCAAUUAUCAAGAACACAAAGCGCUCCAUCAGUUGUUGGACGAGUGGAGGAAGACCAUGAAAAGAAAAAGAAAUAUCUACACCAAGAACAUUCAUCAUCAUGUGGAGAUUUGAUUUUAAUGUCCAGAGGAAUUCCAAAGGAUUGUUUAGAAUCUAGCAAAGGUGCUCGAAAGCUGUUUAAAAAAAUCAGAAGUCAAACUGGAGUUUUUUCACCUGAAGAAAAAGUGAAUUUUGAAAAACGUAAACAAUCAUUAAAAAAUGAUUCAAAUCCAAAUGUCUCAAAAACAGAUGAUCCAGAAGAAUCGGUUGAAACAACAAAAGGUUCAAGAAUGUCUUCACUUUUUAGUUCUCGAACUGGGGUUUAUUCAAUAUGUAAAAGUGAGAGUUUUGAAAAACGUAAACAAUCACGGUUUAUGCGUUUGAAAUCAAAGGUUUCCGUAGGCGAAUGUUCAGAAGGAUCAUUUGAAUUUGAAACAGAAACCGGUGUUCCUGAGCUGACAUUUUUCACGGUAAAAACCAAUGACAAUGAUUCGAGUUAUACAAAAAGUGAAGAGGUAUCAGAAACUAACCCACCUCCAAAGAAUGAAUAUUCACUGGAAUCACUAAAAACAAGACAAGCUGAAGAAUUUAAAACUGCUCAAACUAAAUUCCAUUCCAUGGCUGAAAAUGUGGAAUUAUUCUUCGAUGAAAGUUUGAAGCAAGUUUUAACUUUUGGAGAAUCAUUACGUGAAGAGGAGGGAGAUCUAGUUAAACAUCCAAAAAGCAAAACAGUAGCGGUCACCGAAAGAGACUUGGAGAAAGAAUCAAGGUCAUGUGCACAGUAUAUUUAUUACAACGCCAAAUAUUUUCAACAUUUUUAUUAUAUUUACAAUCUGACGAGGGAUUGCCAUGAUCGUAAAGAAGGUUUGAGAAAGACAAAUAAUCGUGCGAACCUUAUGGCUGAGGACAUUGUCAUAAAAAUCGGAAUUGUUGGAGAGUCUACUGAAGACAAAUUAUGCUCAUUAUUAAAACGAAGAGGAAUAAAAGAGACACCAUCUCAAAAUCAACAAAUUUGGAAACAGUCCCCAAUUAUCUGUUUUCAAGAAUCACCAAAAUCAACGAUAGAGAUGUUACGCAGGGAGAAAGCUUGCCACAAAAUACUCAUCAUAUCUGAUCCGAACCACAAGGAAACGGAAAAAAUAGAAGACUCCAUUUUCAUCAUUAGAGAAGACAAAGAAGACAUUCUAAGAAUGAUAUCUAUCUGUUUGGAAGAACAAAUUCAUUACAUACUGCAAGACUGGUUAUCGAAUAUGUCCAAAGAAGAUUUUGGAAAACAUAUACCCUGGAUUAUUGACGAAAUAAAAGAUAUCCGUAAAGAGAUGUUUGAUGAAAGCAUUUGUCACACAACUGGUUCUGUCAACGAAUCAAUUGUUCCACCCAACGUGAUAAAAUAUCUUUUCGGAAGGCCUGACGUAAAUUCAUUUGGAAUUUGGAGAAAUUCAUCAUUCAAAGUGUUUGUUAAGAAAACGAUUGAUGUAAAAGAAUUAGAGCAUGCACUUAAGAAUUUACAGCAACUAUUUUUUGAAAACUACAACUUGGAAAUUGUAAAAGGAAGAUUAGUAGCAUUAGAGGCAUUAAAGCAGGGUGGUUCUCUUUUACGAAAAGAUGGAGAAAGUUUUGUGGGAACUCUUGGUGGGUUUGUCACAAAAAGAGAUGAUGAGAAAAAGAUAUAUGCGUUGACUUGUAAUCAUGUAUUUCCUAAAGAAGAGCUUCUUGCGUACACGGAUAACUGUACUGAUAGAGAUAUCGGUACCUGUGUAUUCACAAUAAGGGACAGUUCUUGUGAUUUUGCAGCUAUUGAAAUAAAUGAGUCUUUUUCAAGUAAAUGCGACGUAGCCUUAAGAAGAGAGGACAACAAGGAAAUUAGUGCAAAAGUCUAUAACGAAAGUUUAGCAACCAUAAACUUUGUACAUAAAAUAGGAGCCACAACAAAUGCAACCAAAGGAAGAAUUAUUAGUUCCGAAUAUUAUAACAAAGCUUUGCCCAAAAACACUUUCCUUGUGAAGGGCACAGGCAAACGUUUUUCCAAACCAGGAGAUAGUGGAUCGCUGGUUUUAUCCAUACCAAGGACUGGGCGGCAAAACUUUAUUAAUGUCUUUGGUAUGGUAUUCGCCGAUAACUUCGAGUUCCGUGAAGAUGAUAAUGAUAGUGAUAAUAAUCAGCACCUGGAAAGGAACAAAGACUCGGAAGGUACUCAAAAUAGGGAUGCAGAAAAGGUAGAAGCAAACGUAGACAAAACAACCAGCUCUAACGCCCCCACCUCUUCUGUCGGAGACGACGAUAAAAAUAAGGAAAUUCUAUCUUGUUGUUACCGUAUACACCCCGCUUUUGAUCUUUUUAAAGAAGAAAGGGGUGUGGAUGUGAAAUUUAGGGAUGACUUGCCAACACCUACGUCUUCACCUGACGAUUCGUAUGAGGAAACCAAUUGAUUAGAUGCAAGAAAUGUUUGGCAUUCUCGUGUGUUGAUAUAGAAGCUGACUUAAAGUGAUUUUUUAGGGAUUAGAAUUACAGAAGUUACUUAGGUAAUUGGAUAAAUUAAUUGUUGAGUACAAAUCAAACUUAACAACAAGCACUUUUUAUAAAAUAAUUGUGUUUGUUUCACUCAUUGAAUUUAGCUAAAGCCAAGUGAUUUACCCAUAGCACAUAGACAUCAUCAAAUUUGCCUGUGAUAUUUUUUUAAUAAAUUCCUAAAUUUUAUAGUUGAUCUCAAUCAUGUGCCAUUUCUUUUUAUAUGAUAUUUUUAUGGAAUGCAUAAAUUUAAAUAAAAUUUAAAGAUUU